CUCUAAUGUUCUUCGUUGGAAAGUCAAUUGAAAGCAUGUUUCAAUCUAAACUCACAGUACCAUCUCAAGAAGACGAACCAAUAAAUAUUUGUGAGUCUUCUAGAGGUGACAGAUUUGCAAGAAGUAAAGGAAGAGUAAGAAAUUUGUGUGGAAGAGGAAGAAGCUACUUGGUGGAAGAGAAAAUAAUGGAGAAUCAAAAACAUGGUGCAAUAACAUUGGGUCCUUCGAAGUAG